AUGGCUGAGGUCAAACCUAAAUUCGUCAAGGAAGAAGUAACAAAGUUAUUAAAAAUAGGAUCCAUCCGGGAGGUUAAAUAUCCAGAUUUGUUAGCUAACGUAGUUGUUGUACCUAACAAGGGUAACAAAUUUAGAAUGUGUGUAGACUACAAAGAUUUGAAUAAAGCAUGCCUGAAGGAUUCCUUUCAUUUGCCUAACAUUGAUCGCAUGAUUGAUGUGAUGGCUGGCCACGCAAUAUUAAGUUUUCCCGAUGCUUAUUCUGGGUACAACCAAAUUUGGAUGAACCCGGAAGAUCAGGAAAAGACUUCUUUCAUAACCAAGUAUGGAACUUACUGUUAUAACGUAGUGCCGUUCAGGUUAAAAAAUGCUGACGCUACCUAUCAACGCCUAGUAAACAGAAUGUUCAAAAAGCAAUCCAUAAGAACUUUAAAAUUGACUAAUAAUGAAGCCGAGUAUGAGGCUAUGAUUGCAGCUUUGGAACUAGCCAGGAGCUUGGGGUCAGAAAUCAUCGAAGAAAAAUGCGACUCACUCUUGGUCGUGAAUCAAGUAAAUGGGGGUUUCGAUGUGAAGGAUGAUAGGAUGCAAAAAUACUUGGAGAAGAUACAGCGCUUGGGGCUGGAAAAGUAUCCACUAGGUGAGGCCGAGAACCUAAUUUGGUUGCCCUCUUUUCUUUGCCCUGGAGGAAUAGGCAGAUUAAAUCCCGUAGGAUAUGCGAUGGCAGUAGGAGUAGAGGCAAUAGCAUCAAACAUACCUUCAAAUUCCUCCUACUCGAGGGGAGGAGAGGAAGUGAUACCGGCUGCUUUGGCUGAAGACAGGUCGUCCUCUACCAAAAUGGGACUCUCUGGGACUGUGGUUCCCGACGGGCCAAGGUCUGGCAAAAUGGAGGGCUGCUCAUCAACGCCCUCAGCAGUCUGA